AUGGUCCUCACGAGCAGCCAAAUCUGCUCCAUGCUUUUCACUGAUGUCGGCAACGGCUUCUACAAGUGUACAUCCUGCGACAAGCAGUACAAGAAGGGCAAUGGCUACACGAACCUGCUGAGCCACCUGCGGCGCAACCACGACAACUACGAGCAAGAGGCCCAGGAGGCGUCACGCCGCCAGAACCCGCUGCGCCUACAUCUCGUCAGCACACGGACCAGGGACCUAUACCACUGGCUCGAGUGGGUCGUCUGCGACCGCCUCCCGUUUGCGUUCGUAGAGCGGCGGCUCACGCGCCUCAACGCCUCCAUCUCUCUCGUGUCGGAGGACACCCUCUCCAAGUACAUCGUGCUGAUUUUCAAGCUGCUAGAGCUGCGCGUCGCUCGCGAGCGCCCUGCAUCGUUCGGCCUCGUUCUAGACGGGUGGACCAGUGGUGGUCGUCACUACAUCGCGAUAUUCGCGGUAUUCGGCAGCGACAGUACCGGUAUUACCGGUGGCGGCGCUGACAACGAGUACUAUGACGAUCUCGAGUGCUCAUCGCGCCGCUUCGUGCUGUUAACAUUCGCUCCAGUAGAGGUCGAGGAAGACAUGGGUGCGCAGAGUCAGUACGACCUGAUCGCUGACACGUUGUCUCGCUAUAACAAGCCCUGGAUCGCGGUGAAGUUCAUGGUGGGAGACAACUGCUCUGUGAACCAAUGCAUCGGCCGGAAUGAAGGGGCUAUCCCCUUCAUUGGAUGUGCUAGCCACAGAUUCAAUUUGGCGGUGAAGGACUUCCUCAAGACAGAGGACGAGCUCAUUGCGAAGGUGCACGCGCUGAUGACCAAGCUCCGGACGAUCAAGGGCCGCGCUCUGCUUCGCCGCGUCUCCCAUCUGUCGCCUCUGUUGAGGAACGACACCAGGUGGUCGAGCACUACAGCCGCUUUUGCUGCGGCGCGCCGAGCCAAGGCGUUGGAGAAGGACCUGGAGAAGUUCGAGGUCGUGAAGGAGUCCCCUGCACUCAAGUCACGACUGGCCGCAACGGCUCCGAUCGUCAACAACCCGCAUUUAGAACUGGGCCUCGUCAAGCUUCAGCGCGAAGAGGCGUUGACGGCCGCGGAACGGUCGGCGUGUGCCGAGUUUAGAUUGACGACCCUUGAAAGGGCACCAGCGCGGGAGGACGGCAACAGCUCUAUCGUCAAGGCGGUGUUCAAGAAGAGGAAGGCACCGAGGCGCUCGCAAUACGUGGACGUUGCCUACGUGCCGCCGACGUCCAACGAAUGCGAGCGCUUUUUUUCGGCGGCGAAGCUGGUGCUCACAGACGUGCGGAAGAGUCUCUCCCCCACCAUGCUCGAGAUGCUGAUGUGUCUGCAGUACAACCGCGACUUGUGGGACGUCAACACGGUGGAGCAGGUUCGUGCACGAAUUGGCAGCAAUUAA